CAAUGGCUACAUUCAUUCGUCUUAUGAAUAUUCAAUAGGUUGAUAUGCUUCGACAAACUUGAACAAUAUGUUUGACAGGUAUCAUAUGAUGUCAUAUUUCCUUUACCGAGAAAAACAUUUAGUCCUUGGUUUCGUCUCAUGAAUAUUCAGUAUCUGUCACUUGGUUGAGUGAAAACAAUGCGUUCUUUUGUAAGUUUUGUUUUAAAAACAACGAUAUUCAGUUCCUCCUUACAUUAGAGCACACGUAUAUCAGCACACACAGGUGCGUUGAAAACCGUGUUCUUGUCUGUGGAUCAAGUAACUUAUUAGGCCCACAUCCGCUGCGAAGAAAAUCUUCCCUUUACAACCUAAACAUGAGGUUCAGAGCUGUCUUCGUGCUUGUGCUGGUUUGCGCCCUGGUGCUUGAGACGGAGGCUUGGAGCCGCCGUCGAAGUUACUACACUCGCCGUCGGAGUUACUACACCCGUCGCCGGAGCUUCUACACUCGUAGGCGUACCAUAAGCGCAUCCGCGUCGUGCCCGGCACCAUACACCGCGUACCCUUCGAUCAAGUACAACUGCUACCCACCCUACGUACACGGGGAGGCUUGCUGGUGGAGGUGCCCAACAGGAUACAGGUACCACUCCGGCAGCCCUUACAGGCAGUGCAACAAUGGACGAUGGACCGGGACAAUCAUGUUUUGCAUAUAUGAUGUCGUCUCAGCCCUAUUCGGCAAGUAAGCCAGCAUCAAGAGUGAGAAUGGAAGUCCCCUAUACCAUUGCCGAAUGUACGGAGGGACUUCACACGAUGGCACGACCACAAACUUGGACGCGUUGAGACGUAUCAGACUUAGAAAUUUGUCAGACUUAGAAAUGUAUCAGAAUUAGAAAUGUAUCAGACUUAGAAAUGUAUCAGACUUAGAAAUGAAUCAGAUUUAGAACUGUAUCAGACUUAGAAAUGUAUCAGACUUAGAACUGUAUCAGAAUUAGAACUGUAUCAGAAUUAGAACUGUAUCAGAAUUAGAAAUGUAUCAGAAUUAGAAAUGUAUCAGAAUUAGAAAUGUAUCGGAAUAGGAAAUGUAUCAGAAUCAGAAAAGUAUCAGAAUUAGAAAGUAGCGGGAUGAGAAAUGCAACAGGCA